UUCCAAUACAAGCCCAUAAUUGCACGCAAAAACGCUUAUUCUUGUCAUGUGUUGCUCCCAAUAACCAUCACUACUAAUCAAUCCUCUCCGUCUCUUUUUCAACAAAAAUUACACCUUUCUUUUACAGACUCAUUCAAAUAUGGCCGAACUUGUGGAACGAAUAAAAAUAAAAAAGCAUUCCUAAUCUAUAUAGGAGAGAGAGAGAGAGAGAGAUUAAAUGACAUGGAUGGGGAGAGUUUGGAGGAGCACAACGCGAUGAUGAUGACACCUCUGUCGGCCAUGGCGGAGGCCUUCGAGGAGCUGGACAAGAUGUUGAGAUCGAGGGAGGACGAUCAGCAGCUCCGCUUGGACACCUUCUGCGAAGCCUGCUCUUUGGUGUCCGUUCUUUUUGGAUGCCUCGGUUUCGCUUUCAAGUUCGCCGAGGUCGACUACGUCUCCAAGGUACGUGAUCUAAAGGAAGCAUCAAGAACAUCUAACACUUUACAAGACAUACUUGAUCUUGAUGUUGCAAAUGACACAGUAAAGAUACAAGGAAGUCUUUCGCGAAAUCUACGACGAGUUAGACAGGGUCUUGACCUCGUCAGAGCUUUAUUUGAACAAUUUUUGACUACCGAUCAAGAUUGCUAUUUAAAGGAAGCAGCUUCAAGAGCUUAUCGGCAAGUUUGUGCACCAUACCACUCAUGGACAGUCCGGACAGCGGUUGUUGCUGGAAUGUGUGUUCUUCCUACGAGAAACCAACUUCUGCUGAAGCUCAAUGAAACUGAGCAGUCAGCAGGGAAGAAGAUGAGAAGGUAUAUCGAUGCCUCGCUACCAGUUAUAGAGUACAUUGACAAGCUUUACCUCUCCAGGAAUAUCAGCUUGGACUGGUGACUCCACAUUUGUGUGAGACUUCAGAAAUGCAGAGAUUUCUUGUUCUGGCUGCAAGGAAAACCUGUCUUGCAUCUUGCUGUUCUAAUGCAUCUCAAGAGUCUAAGAGAUCCAUGAAGCCUCUGUCAAAGCAUUUCCCAUUCAACAAUAACAGUUUCUAAUGUUCUUUUUUUCCACCUUGAUUAUACUAAGGCCUCAUUUGGAUACAAGAAGUGUUUCAUUUUAUUUUAUCUCAUUAUUAUAACUUUUUCAAAUUCUCACACAAACUAUAAUAAACGAUUUAACUUUUUCAAA